AUGGGUUUCGCGCACGGUCUCUCCUUCACUCCCGCCGCCCCGCCCACGCCCGUGCCGCGAUCGUCGUCCCACGGGCUUUCGUUCUCCGCUGCACCGUCUCCCACGGCCAUGGCCCUUUCCUUCACUCCCGCAGCUCAUCCCACGCCCGUACCGCGAUCGUCCUCCCACCACCAUCUCACGCUUCUGAGCGCAAGCCUUAGCGGGGACUUGCCGAUUACCGCCAAUGAGCUCCCCGUGGCGGUGUUUGCGGUCGACCGUGACCUGGUGUGCGCGCUCUGGAACAGGCGCAUGGCGGAACUGACUGGAUGGGCGGAAGGGGAAAUCAUGCGCCUGGGGCGAUUCGCGGAAGGUCGGUUUGCGGAACGGCUCUUCCGCCCCGCCAGUGCCUCCGCGCCGUUCCGCCGAUGUGAGGACGUUCUCCGCGCCGCGCUCUUUGGCCGCGAUAUAGUCACGGCGGAGUUGCUUCUACUGAAGCGCGGAGGUAGCUGCGCGCGCGUGCGGUUAUUCGCCAGCGCGCGCACCGACGCGCUCGGUGCAGUUUGCGGUGCAAUCUGCGCCGUCAUUCCCGCGUCUUCGGGAGGCGGGGGAGGGUCGGCGGCCGCGCUGAGCGCAACUUCCGCGCAUGGCUUCGACGUGGACGGCGGCGGCGGCGGCGGCGGCGGGAGUGGAGGCGGCUUGCCGCCAUUUGCGCCGUCCUUUGCGGCGGGCGAAACCGAGGAAUGGCUGCAGCGGAACGCGUCGGCGGGGAGUCUGUACGGCAUGCACUCCGUGGACGAGGAAUCCGUGGGCGACGACAGCGACGCGGCCAGCAGCUGCAGCGACCUCUACCAGCUCGGCUCCGCCCCGUUCGGCAGCAGCGCCAGUUGCGGCGGGAAUUCCGGCGGCUCCAGGCGCCACGUCAUGGAGCCCGUCUCCGCCAGCAGGCGCGCGAGCGGCGGCGGCGGGGGUUUGCGCGGAGGUUACGCAGGCGCGGGGAAUGCGGGCGCGGGCCAAGACUCAGGCGCGGGGGCGGGAGUAGGGGUAACUGGGCGGCUUUCGUCGUCGUCUUCUGAGCGACAGCUGUCGGGGAGGCUUUCAUUGGGGGAGAGCGAAGCUGCGACCGAAUCAGGGGCGGCAGGGGGAGCGGGAGGAGCGGGAGGAGUAGGAGGGGCGGGAGGGGCGGAUGAAGCGGGAGAAGCAACUUUGCCUUUGACUCCGCCUGCUACGCCGCCAUCUGCAGCGCCAGUUGCGCCGGUGUUGCCUUCCCCUGUCAAUUUGCCCACUCUCGUUGGUUUGGGCGCGGAAGGCGUGGGCGGGGGCGCGGUGGGAGGCACGGGGGUUCACUUAAAGCCCGUACAAACGAAGCUAGCUAUCCGACGCUCGUGCGAGCUGCCGAAAUAUGGUGCGUUGCCGUUCCAGUGUCCUUGUAUCGAAGCUUCUGUGCCAUACGCGUUUGCAGGCCUUUCAAAUUGCUGCCAGGUCUCUUAA